AUGGGAAUCGCCGGCUUUCAGAAAUGGCUGGAGAAGCACUACCCGCACUGCUUCAUUCCGGUGCCAGACGCGCCCCGACGCCCUGCGCCCGGCGAACGGGCUCCGCCAGCUGUCAAGGACUACUUUGACCAUAUCUACGUGGAUCUCAAUGGCUACAUUCAUACGGUGGGAAGGCGAGCCGCAAACGAAGAGCAACUCUUCACCUUGCUGUUCCGCGAGCUCGAUGGGCUCUUCAAGGUCUGCGUCGCGCGCCAGUCCAUCUUCCUCGCCAUCGACGGACCCGCGUCCGCGGCCAAGUUGAUCACCCAGCGAAAGCGGCGCCUGGGUGCGGCCAGCAAGCAGGACAGACAGGCCAAGGCCAAGGCGCAGCCCCAGCCACAAGUCGCCGAGAGCGAAGCCCAAACGGGCGCUCCCGCCGUCAGCAAGAAGAGGGUGAAAAAGAAGGGCGAGUUCAACCUGCUCCAGGUGACUGCGGGAACGCCGUUCAUGUACCGACUGAAGAACGCGCUGUGCUUCUGGGCGUGCUCGCGCCUGCAGAGCGACCCCAAGUACCACUUCACCCGCAUCUAUAUUUCCGGUCCGGAUGUGCCGGGCGAGGGCGAGCUCAAGAUUAUGGAGUUCAUCGUCUCGCACGCCAAUGCCGAUUCCUCGCCACCGCCAAACCCACAGGAGCGAGUGUUCGCCUAUCAGACGGGCUUUGCCGACCAGGAACGGAACGCCGAGAAGUUCCGGAGGGACUCGCACCUCAUCGUGGGCACCGAUGCCGACUUGAUUUUGCUCGGUUUGAGCUCCAUGUUGCAGAAUGUUUUCAUUCUCAACACGCAGAGGGGACAGAGCUCCAAGCUGCUUUUUUCCAUCUGGGAGUUCUGCCGGUCACUCGAGCAUUCCUUCCCCUUUAGGGGUCACUGCAACAUGACGAGGCUCGACUUUGUUUUGAUCUCCCUCUUGCAAGGCAACGACUAUCUGCCCAAGCUCCGCGGCGCCUCCCUGGACCGGUUGUGGGCACGGUACAAGAAGCUGAAGCAGCAGCCCCAGUUUCACCAGCAAUUCCUGGUCAACCCGGGCUACACGCUCAACGUGCCCUUCUUCCUGAACCUCGUCUGUGCCUUCGGUCCGGUCAUGCCGUUGCCCUCCUCCCCGGCCUCCUCGCCCAACGCCCUGCCCACCUCCGUCCCCUACUCGGCUUCCACCGCUGCGCCGGCGCCAGUGCCAGUGCCAGCGGCGGUCACCAUUCCCUCUUCGGCCGCCGUCGAGGAAUCGGCCUAUCCUCCGGCGCUCUCGUCCCUGUUCCAGUCCGCCACGCAGGCCAUGGGCUCGUUCGCGCCGCACCUCACGCCGGCGCACCACCACCGAGGCCUACACCAGCAGCUCCAGUCGCCCGUGGACUUUGUGGACCCGGCCAUCAUCUCGUCGUCGUCGUCGUCGGCCUUUUUUCCCUCCUCGGCUGCCGGGCAGCUGCUGCCUGAUGACCCGUCGAUCAUCGCCGCGUCCGCGAUGGGCUACGCGGCGCCCUAUCUGCACGGCGGCAACCCCUACUACCACCCCUACCAUCCCCCGCACCCUCCGGUCGGCGGUCACCCGGUGCCGCCCGCCGUUGCGCUGAUGUUUGCCAACCCCUACCUGUCCGCGUCGGCUUUCCCUUCGCCAGUGCCCGCCGCGGCGACGGCGAUCAUGCCUCCGCCGUUCGGGCAUGGAGGCCAUGGCCUGGUCGCGGAGGAGGCCGACAUCGACGCCGAGGGUGACCAGGAGGUGAUCUGCUUCCAGCCGCCCGUGGCCGUGCAGGCAGCAGUGGCGGUGGCCGCUGCAGCUCAUCUCGGCGAGGCACAGCAGCACCUGGCAGGGGAGGAUCUCAUCGGCGAGGCGAUCGACGAAGACGAGGACGAGUUUGACGGCGACGACAGCGAGAGCGAAAGCGACUACGACGAUGAAGAGGAAGAGGCUGUGGAGGGCACCAACGGUAAGGAUGUAGAAGAGUCCAUGGACGAUGAUGAGGAUUCCGACGAGGAGGAGGAAGAAGAGUUCAUCAAGGGACUCAUCUUUGGCCACGACCCCGAGGCCUACCUGCAGGGCCUGUUCUGGUGCCUGAAGAUGUACAUGGAAGGCUUCUGUCCUGACAACAAGUGGUUCUACACCCAUCGCCACGCUCCUACCGCCUUGCAACUCAGAAACUUCUUUGCGGAUGCUGGCGCAUCGAACUCGUUCUAUCCGGUGACCGUGCCACGCUCGGCCACGCUCCCAUUGCCGCCCCACAAGUUCUGUCUCACCGUGCUCCCACUCCAAGCGCGCGAGUUGGCGCACGAGAUGCUGCAGCCGUACAUGGCGCUCGACUCCAAGCUGGGCUCGAUCUUUCGCGAGCCCACCUUGCUGGUGGACGUACAGCUCAUCGACGCCGUGCUGUCCGAGAUCCCCGAGGCCAGCCUGCCGCCCGAACUGCGCUUCGCCCACACACACUACUACCAGCGCGCCCCGCAAGCCGGCUACGGUCGGAACGGGUGGCAUCCGCAGCCGUGGUCGUACCAGCAUCAGCGAUACGAGCACCAGCCGGGCCCCUUCGUGCCCUCGCUGCUGCCGCAGCUCCCGUGUCAGCGCUACGAUCCGCUCUGGGACCCCGAGCGCCGGCUCAAGUGCGCCUUCUACCCCACGCGCAGCUACCCGUCGCCCGCGCUGUACGGCGGCGCCGACCCGCGGGUCGACUUGAAUGCCUGGCCCGUGCUGGCGCCCACCAUCGACCACCUGCGCAUCCCCUAUUACAAGCCCUUCGCCUUCUUGUACGGUGCCGGCGGCGGAUAUCGCGGCGGACGUGGCGGCGGACGUGGCGGCGGACGCGGCGGCGGCCGAGGAGGUCGCGACGGACCGCGCGUUGUGGGAACGCGGACGCCGGCGGUGCGGCGCCAGCUGGCGGCUUCGCGCCUCGGCCUGGUCGAGGCGGUCGAGGAAAUCGCGGCGGACGCGGCUUUGCCCGAGGAGGACGAGGCGGCGCCCAUGCCCAGCACCCACAGCAGCACCUGCCAGCAGACGCAGCUGCUGCACUCGGGGCGCCGGCCGAGCUUGUCAACGGUGGCGGCGCAGGCCCGGCGGCGGCGGCGGAGGGUCUGCAUAGGGGAGGCGGAUAUCGAGGCGGACGUGGCGCCGGACGCGGCGGCGGGCGACGAGGAGGUCGGGGUGGCCGCGGAGCCGUUGCAGCCAACGGCGCCGAACCCGCAGCACGGCGACGCCUCGGCUGCAGCGCCCCACCAGCCCCGAGCGCAGCGUGGACGAGCCCGGGCGCCGCCGGUCUACAAGCCCAAACCGUCGGCCGGCGGCCCUCCGCCCAACGCAGUGGCGCCGACGACCAGCGGACCACAGCCCUUAUAA